AUGGAAUCAGUGCGCCCUGAUCUUUACCUGAUUUCUACCGAAGAUACGGUGUACGAGCAAGAUGUUCUGCGGAACCCGGGCAGCAUCACACCAUGGCUAUCAUACAUCGAAUUCAAGCAGCAGAACGGAACAGCCUAUGAACAGGCGUUUGUCAUGGAACGAGCCUGCAAACAUCUACCGAGAUCGUAUAAAUUAUGGAAGAUGUAUCUCGAAUUUAGAAUCAAGCACCUUAAAGGCAGAAAUCCCGCCGUACACCAACUCGAAUAUUUAAAAGUUAAUGCUUUAUUUGAACGGGCUGUUGUCUUGCUAAAUAAAAUGCCACGCAUUUGGGAGAUAUACCUAUCGUUUUUAUUGGAACAACCUUUGGUUACACAAUGUCGUCGUACGUUCGACCGUGCACUACGUGCGUUGCCAAUUACUCAGCAUAACCGAAUAUGGAAACUAUAUAAAGCUUUUGCUGUGUCCGCGUCGGGUGAAACUGCCGUGAAAAUAUGGAAUCGAUACAUGCAAGUCCACCCAGAGAACGCUGAGGAUUAUAUCAAUAUCCUGGUUGAGAUGAAGCAAUAUACUGAAGCAGUAAGAAGGUAUAUUGAAAUUUUGGACAACACGCGUUUUCAAUCCAAAAAUGGCAAAAGCCAAUUCCAGUUGUGGAUGGAAAUGUUGGAAUUACUAAUUAGUCAUGCCAAGGAAGUCGAAACAGGACCACAUAGCGGUAUAGACGUGGAAGCAAUUAUUCGCAGUGGCGUGGACAGGUUUCCUGACCAGAGAGGCAGGCUCUGGGUUGGCCUUGCAACAUAUUGGAUCACUCGUGGCGAUUUCGAGAAAGCUCGUGAUAUUUUCGAAGAUGGGGUUACAACUGUUAUGACAGUGCGGGACUUCACUAUGAUAUUUGAUUCAUAUGUUGAAUUUGAAGAAUCUAUCAUUGGUACUUUGAUGGAAGCCGCAGCCGAUCGGUUAGAUGAAUCUAAAAUCGACGAAAAUGCAGAUUUUGAUCUUGAUCUCCGCAUGAUGAGAUUUGAGCAGCUUAUGGAUCGCCGCCCUUUCCUACUAAACGAUGUUCUGCUCAGACAAAACCCCAACAAUGUCAUAGAAUGGAGCAAGCGGGUCGCUCUUUGGGGAGACAAUAAUGAAGAAGUCGUACGUACUUACGCGGCCUCUAUGGCUGCGAUCAACCCUCGAAAAGCACAUGGCAAGUUUCAUGAACUCUGGGUCAACUUUGCGAAGUUCUACGAAAAGGGAGGAGAUCUAGAUACUGCUAGGAUUAUUUUUGACAAGGCUGUUAAGGUCCCCUUCAAGUCUGUUGAAGAGCUUGCGGAAACCUGGUGUGAAUGGGCGGAAAUGGAGCUUCGCAGUGAAAACUUCGACCGGGCGGUGAGCAUUAUGGCUAAGGCAACAUUGGCACCAAAACGGUCUACAGUGGAUUACUUUGACGAUAAGUUGACACCCCAACAGCGUAUUCAUAAAAGCUGGAAGGUUUGGAGUUUCUAUGUCGAUUUGGUUGAGAGCGUUGGCACCCUAGAUGAGACUAAGAACGUGUAUGAACGAAUUUUCGAACUUCGAAUCGCAACACCACAAACGGUGGUCAACUAUGCCAACCUUUUGGAAGAGAACAAAUAUUUCGAGGAAUCAUUUAAAGUCUACGAAAGGGGCCUCGACCUUUUUAGCUAUCCGGUUGCUUUUGAGUUAUGGAACCUCUAUUUGACUAAAGCCGUUGAUCGAAAAAUCAGUAUUGAACGCCUUCGAGAUUUGUUUGAGCAGGCUGUGGAUGGCUGUCCACCCAAAUACGCUAAAACCCUUUUUCUGAUGUAUGGAGAUCUUGAGGAAGAGCGAGGUCUGGCUCGGCAUGCAAUGCGCAUUUAUGAACGUGCAACUCGAGCGGUUUCGGAUAAGGAUAGAUUCGAGAUGUUCAACUUUUAUAUCACGAAGUCGGCAUCCAAUUUUGGUUUAACUUCAACUAGGCCAAUAUACGAACGCGCCAUAGCGGCGCUACCAGAUAAUGAAGCCAAAGAGAUGUGCCUGAAGUUUGCAGAAAUGGAGCGUCGACUGGGAGAGAUUGACAGGGCGCGUGCUAUCUACGGUCACGCCUCCCAAUUCUGUGACCCUCGAACAAAUGCUGGGUUCUGGCAGAAAUGGGAGGCUUUUGAAGUUCAACACGGCAACGAAGACACGUUUAAGGAGAUGCUACGUAUUAAGCGAAGUGUUCAGGUUCAAUAUAAUACCGAUGUAAAUUUUAUUGCCUCUCAAGCCAUUGCCCGUAGCAAACAGCUUGCAAAAGAAGCAGCAGAUGUUGCUGCAGCUGAAGAACCAGAGGAGCGUGCAGAUGCUAUGGCGGCUCUAGAACGCCAUGCAAAAGCUCCAGCUGGGUUUGUUCCAGCAAGUACUGGGCCUGAAGGCGGCAAAAGGCAGCCGGUAGACGCCAGUCAAACAAUAACAACAAAUCCCGAUGCUAUUGACCUUGAUGAAGAUAUGGACGCUGAUGAGCAUCAAAAUCUGGCAUCGUGA